GUCAUCUGACUCAUCUGUAUAACUUUGUUUUUGGGUCACUGGCCAAUAUUUAGUGCAACAUUAGCGUUUAAUUGUUAUUCAGCAAUAGGCACCGAAAGAGCACUUCAAGAUUUAUGUCAAGAUUUUAUCUUUCAUCUUGGCGAAGUGGCAUAAAAGGCUGUUUCUGAUUCCAGCCACUGAAGCCCAGAGUCAAACGGCACCAUGGUAAAGAUCUGGAAGUGUACAACACCACUGGACUGAAAUCUAUCACUUUGUUGAGCAUCUUGCCCAUAAAUUCAUAAGUCCACAGUUGCGCAUGUCCUUCAUCGUGUUCUCAACUGAAGGAACUAUUUUAAUGAGUCUGACAGAGGACAGGGAACACAUCCGAAGAGGCCUGGAGGAGCUCCAGGGGGUUCAACCAGGAGGAGACACGUUCAUGCAUGAGGGCAUCCUGAGGGCCAGUGAGCAGAUUUAUUACGGAAACACAGAAGGUUAUCGCACCGCCAGUGUGAUCAUUGCUCUGACAGAUGGAGAGCUGCACGAGGACCUCUUCUACUACGCCGAGAGAGAGGCAAACCGCUCGCGAACACUCGGAGCCUCUGUCUACUGUGUGGGCGUGAAAGACUUCAAUGAGACUCAGCUGGCAAAGAUCGCAGACAGUAAGGACCAUGUCUUUCCAGUCAAUGAUGGAUUUGACGCCUUACAAGGGGUCAUCGACUCUAUCCUGAAAAAGUCCUGCAUUGAGAUUCUGGCAGCAGAGCCCUCCAGUAUCUGCGCAGGAGAGUCCUUCCAGGUGGUGGUGAGAGGGAAUGGGUUCCUCCAUGCACGGAACGCUGAAAAGGUCUUGUGUAGUUUUCGGAUCAAUGACACCCUGACGAAGAUGGUGAAGCCCCUGGUCGUCGAAGACACGUAUCUGCUAUGUCCUGCGCCAGUGCUCCAAGACGAGGGGAUGGCAGCAAACCUGUACGUCAGCAUGAACGAAGGUCUGAGCUUCAUAUCCAGUUCAGUCACCAUCACGACCGUCAGAUGUUCUGAUGGGACCAUCCUGGCCGUCGCGCUACUUAUUCUGAUGCUGCUUCUGGUUCUGGCCCUACUUUGGUGGUUCUGGCCUCUUUGCUGCACUGUGAUAAUCCAUGAGCCACCUCCACCAGUUGAAGAGGACAGUUCGGAUGACGACGACUUCGAGACGCCCAAGAAGAAAUGGCCAACGGUAGACGCCUCCUACUAUGGAGGGAGAGGAGUUGGUGGGAUUAAAAGAAUGGAGGUUCGCUGGGGAGAGAAAGGCUCCACAGAAGAAGGAGCAAAACUGGAGAAAGCCAAGAAUGCCAAGGUCAAGAUGCCAGAGCAGGAGUAUAGCGACCCUCCCACCAGGGUACUCAACAAUGGCAUGUACAGAGCCCCAGGCCCGCAGAAGUGGUACUCACCCAUCCAGAGUAAACUGGAUGCACUCUGGACUCUGCUCAAAAGAGGCUACGACCGCGUGUCGGUGAUGAGGCCACAUCCUGGUGACAAGGGCAGAUGUAUCAACUUCACUCGUAUCAAGUCUCCGCCUCCUCGCUACCCAAACUACAACCGCCAGGCUCCAUCUCUUUACAGCAAAACUCCACCUCCACCGCAGGGAACUCUUCCACCGACACCCACCAGCCCUCCAUCGCCUCAGUCCUUCUCCUCCACCCUUCCCCUGCUGCCGUCAACACCCCCUCCGUCCUCCUACACUCCAUCCCCUCCGACCACGCCGCCGCCUUAUGCUAUUCUCUUCACACCCCCCGUGCCACCAUCUCCACCACCUGCGUCCCCCACUGGUCCUUUACCUCCGCCCCCACAGGGGCCCCCACCUGGACGAGCUCCACCACCAGCCCGGCCCCCACCACGACCUGGCCUGUAGAAGUCAAGCCAGGAAAAGAGGACUAAAGUAAAACAGAAGCAUCAGUUCCUUCAGGCUCACCUGACUCCAGAGGCCUUGUCUUCAGCUAUUCGUCCACUGGGACAUUCAUACACGUACAGUGCGACAGUGCAAUUGCUCACAUGUUUGACUACUCUCCUCCAAAAACAAUCUACUGGCUCAGAAACAUUUGCUUCAGAUGAGCCGGGAUGAUGUCGACCAAACCAUCAAGUGAAUUUUGGCCGAGUUCAUUGCGCCGAUGUCAUUUCCCUGCCCCAAUAAAUAUACUUCAAUUUAUCCCCUUAAUAUAUCACUUCUUGAUACUGGUACCUGUUUUGCCUUAUCUUUGCCGACUCUGUUUUGGAAUGACGGGCAAUGCAAGCAAGCGCAGUUGUCGCGUACAGAGCUUUUUCACUGGGAUCUAUUGUGUGAGUCGCAGCUUAGCUUUUGCGCGAGGGAGCAAGGAAUCGGUGUCUGCAGUUACUGCUUUGGCUGGAACGCUGAACUAUAUCUGAGUGUAAAGCAGAAACAUCAGAAUCAGGGAAACAUUUUGCACACUGUCUUGUUUGUCCAACAGCAAACCAUUAACUUUAUGUUU